AUACAACCCAAAUGAGUUCUUACUUUGUAAACUCGUUCUCAGGACGCUAUCCUAAUGCCCCAGACUAUCAGCUGUUAAAUUAUGGGACCGGCAGUUCCAUGAACGGAUCUUAUAGAGAUCCAGGCAACAUGCACGCCGGCUCUUAUGGUGGAUACAACUACAAUGGGAUGGAUCUGAGCAUCAGCCGUUCAACCUCCUCCUCCAGCCACUUUGCAACGGUUGGGGAGAGCUCCCGCGCCUUCCCUGCCCAAGCCGCGCCGGAAAGCAGGUUCAGACAGGCGUCGAGCUGCUCCUUGUCCUCUCCCGAGUCCCUCCCUUGCACCAGCACCAACAGCAGCACCAGCAACAACAACAACAACAACAACGGCGGCGGCGGAGGCGGCGGGGGCGGCAGCAGCAGCAGCAACGGCGAGAGCCAUGGAGGCAAAGCAGCCUCGUCUUCCCCCGCCGACCAGGCAGCCUCGGUCGGCACGGCCAACGCCACCAGUUUCACAGAGAUAGACGAAACCAGCGCGUCUUCGGGAACUGAAGAGAGCGGCUCCCAAGUCAACAGCAACGGCGUCAGAGCUCAGGCAGAGCCCAUCGCCACGUCCACGCCAGCCACAGAAGGACAGAGCCCACAGAUAUUCCCCUGGAUGCGAAAACUUCAUAUUAGCCAUGAUAUGACUGGACCGGAUGGUAAACGAGCGCGGACGGCGUACACUCGCUACCAGACCCUGGAACUGGAGAAGGAGUUUCACUUUAAUCGCUACCUCACCCGCAGAAGGCGAAUAGAAAUAGCCCACGCUUUGUGUCUCUCCGAAAGACAGAUAAAAAUCUGGUUCCAAAACAGGCGAAUGAAGUGGAAGAAAGAUAACAAACUCAAAAGCAUGAGUUUAGCGUCUGGUGGCAGCGCUUUCCAGCCUUAAAUUAUAUCAAGGGGGGGGGAAUAGUAAGAAAUAGAAGUGUGGGGCGGGGGGGGAGAAGUAAAGAAAGAAAGAAAGUGAGAAAGUUUAAAACUAAAACUAAAAAAAAAAGCAACAGCCAGUCUUCUUUUCUUUUUAAAGUUUGGAGUACUGUAAAGUGAAGCACUUUCCAUUCAGCAUGCUGUUGGUUGAUUUAUUAUAAUUAUUGUUAUUAAACAACUUCGGUGGUACUGUUAUUCCAGGACUGUGUCCUUUGCUGCGAUUCCCCCCCUCUAAAUUAAAAUAAAUAAAGUUAUUUCCAGAGGCUUCUUUAAUGCUUUAGGUGUUCUAAAUGUUUGUGUCUGUGCUAUAAAUUACGCUUUCUGGAAAAAGCUAGCAUGUUUUUUUUGUUUUUUAACGUGCUCUUUAAAUGUUAUAACUUAUUUAUAAACCACUGCGAAGAAGGAAAGUCCUUUAAAAAGUUUAGGCUUUGGGAGGAGAUAUUUCCUCCUUUCCUUCUUCUCCAGUUGGGCUAUCCUGUACUUCAGUGUCAGAGGGAAAAAAUUAAAAACAUCAACCACAACAAACUUUUUUUUAAAAAAAAGAAAAAAAUUACAAUAUAUCUAUAUAUAAGCUCAUGUAUCUUUCUGUCUUUGAAAUUGUCAAGUCUGUGAUUUGGUUCAUAUUUCCUGGCCUUGUUUUGAUCCUAGGCCAGUUCUGAAACUUCUUUUUUUUAAUAAAUGUGAGUGAAGUUCACUUAAAAAGGGUAUACGAUUGGACCAACCAUAGUAUGUUGAAAAUGUUUGUAAAUACUAGAAAUAUUUCUGCAGUGACUAAUAGGAAGUUUUAGUGGGCAGGGUGAAUUCAGUGUUCUGUGUGUCUGAAAUGGCAUUUGUCAUGUUAGCUGCCUGUUCCCAUCUUUGCCAAGAAGCUUUUCGUAUCCGUUUGUAGCCUUAACUUAAAGUCAAAUAAACGUUUCUCCUGACCAGAAAAAAACCACA